AAAAAAAAAAAGAAAAAACCAUUGAGAUCCACCAGGAGAACCCAUGUUUCGUUUUGGAAAGAUAAAGAUAAAGGCUUCAACUUUUUAGGUUCUUUUCUUUUGUGUGUAUGUGAUUCAUAUAUGUCUCUGAUUCUUAUCAAUCCUCUCUGUUUCUUGUCCUUGCUCUUCUUCUGUUUCACCUGACUUUUGUUUCUGUUUUUGCUUCAAGUUUUGAGCUUUGUGUCUUACUCUCUCUCUCUUGUGAUUUCUCUAUGAGUAAAAACAUGUUUUUGAUCAAUUUUGGGGGUUUCUAAAUUUGUGCUGGUGUGAGAUUAUUGAGUGUCUUUUCCUUCUGAUUCAUCAAUAGUUAUAGAGGAUCGUAGAGAGUGAUCAAAUUUGCAGAGGGAUCCGUCGCGUAGAUCCGUCAGAUCUGUUCACCGGAGGUACCCACUUCUUCUUGAUUCACUACUCCGUGCUUUAGUUAGUGUCGGAAUAACGCCGGUUGGGUUACAGUGGAUAGCUGAAUUGGAUGUAGUAUCACUAAAGAUCGUCAUCAGACCAUAGCUUAGAGUAGGAGAUGGAAUUUAUUGAAUCACUUAGCUCUGUUUGUAGUCGUUAGAGGUGUGGAAGCAGCUUAAGCAACUCAUGGAAGAGAUUGCACCGGCGGUUGCACUGACUUUGAGUUUAGCCAACACCAUGUGUGACUCAGGAAUCUCUUCUUCUGUAGAUAUUUCCGAGCUGGAGAAUGUUACCGAUGCAGUUGACAUGCUGUGUGAUCACAAAAGGCAAAGAUAUUGUAAUGGAGUGGUUGAUUGUUUGUUGGAACAUCCUUCAGAAGAACCACAAGAGAAAACUUUAUCUGAAGUGAGAAGCUUGUCUUCUGAUUUUAGUGUAACUGUCCAAGAAUCAGAAGAAGACGAGCCAUUAGUAUCUGAUGCGACUAUUAUAAGCGAGGGUUUAAUAGUUGUGGACGCUAGGUCUGAGAUAAGCUUGCCAGAUACAGUUGAAACAGAUAACGGACGUGUUCUUGCUACUGCGAUUAUCCUUAACGAGACCACCAUAGAACAGGUUCCCACAGCUGAAGUCCUUAUUGCAAGUCUGACUCACGACGUGAAUAUGGAGGUGGCAACUUCGGAGGUAGUCAUUAGGUUGCCUGGAGAAAAUCUUAAUGUAGCAAGAGGAAGCAGGAGUGUCUAUGAACUAGAGUGUAUACCUCUUUGGGGCACAGUUUCAAUUUGCGGUGGAAGAUCUGAAAUGGAGGAUGCUGUUAAAGCUUUACCUCAUUUUUUGAAAAUACCCAUCAAAAUGCUUAUGGGGGAUCAUGAAGGGAUGAGUCCAAGUCUCCCAUAUCUCACUAGCCACUUCUUUGGUGUAUAUGAUGGCCAUGGAGGCGCCCAGGUUGCUGACUAUUGUCAUGAUAGAAUCCACUUUGCUUUGGCUGAAGAAGUCGAACGGAUUAAAGAUGAAUUGUGUAGGAGGAACACUGGCGAGGGUAGGCAGGUCCAGUGGGAGAAAGUCUUUGUAGAUUGUUACCUAAAGGUCGAUAAUGAGGUUAAAGGGAAAAUCAACAGACCAGUUGUUGGUUCUUCUGAUAGAAUGGUUCUUGAAGCUGUUUCCCCUGAAACUGUCGGAUCAACAGCUGUGGUUGCUUUGGUUUGUUCAUCGCAUAUAAUAGUCUCAAACUGUGGUGACUCAAGAGCGGUUUUACUCCGAGGCAAAGACUCCAUGCCUUUGUCAGUUGACCACAAACCAGAUAGAGAGGAUGAGUAUGCAAGAAUAGAAAAAGCUGGAGGAAAGGUUAUACAAUGGCAAGGCGCUCGUGUUUCUGGUGUUCUUGCCAUGUCCAGGUCCAUUGGUGAUGAAUAUCUGGAGCCAUAUGUAAUACCAGAUCCUGAAGUGAUGUUUAUGCCACGAGCUAGAGAAGACGAGUGUCUUAUAUUGGCUAGUGAUGGACUUUGGGACGUCAUGAGCAACCAAGAAGCUUGCGAUUUUGCAAGGAAGCGGAUAUUGGCUUGGCACAAGAAGAAUGGAGCAUUGCCUUUAGCUGAGAGAGGUGUCGGGGAAGACCAUGCGUGUCAAGCAGCGGCUGAAUAUCUGUCCAAACUCGCUCUUCAAAAAGGAAGCAAAGACAAUAUCUCAAUAAUAGUGGUCGACUUGAAAGCUCAAAGAAAGUUCAAGACCAGAUCUUGAAACACAGUGUACGCUCGAGUUCUUACACUACUAUAAUUUUAUUAUUUCUUAUAUUUUUUUUUUAAUGUUUCCACAAGUUUACAUAAAAAUAAGAAGCGAAAUGUUGGGGGAAGAAGAAUUAAGACUUGAUGAUGCAUAGCUAAAAAGUCCAUUCCUUUUUCUCAUGGACUUGAAUGUGUAUGUUUGUUAUGUAUAAGAAGGAUAGAGAAGAAGUGUUUCUUUUGAUCAUUUAUAUCUUGGGAUCUCUUAUAAAGAGUAGGUGGAUAUAUGUUGUAAUAUUGGAGAUGUGGCGUAUGGAAUUGUAAUUGAAUUGUAUGUCGCAUUAACCUUAAUACUUUUCUGUAAUAUAUUCUCUUCUUUUCAUAUA